GAAGCAUGGCGCGGAUUGUGUGUUGGAACGUUUUCCUUCGCUGCGGGAUCUGGAGGUAACGCCGGUGUCAUCGCAGGGCUCGAGCCAACAAACGGUGGCGGAGCUGGGAAAAGACUCGUCGUUUCGGUCAAGAAUCUCACGAUGGACGACAUUCUUGCUCGGAGGGCGGUAUUUCGUCCAAGAAGGGUGUCUGCUGCCGCGAACCUUGGAGCUAACGUUAGCUUGCAAGAUGGCGAGGGGUUCUAUGUAUCCACUACCCGAGAAACUCAACCUGAUUUGGGCAGAAUAAGUUCUUUUGGUGGAAGGAUGGAGAGGAGGAAUUCGGCUCCACAAGUAGUCCACCAGAGACAUAUGCCGAUGGAGCCCAAGAAGUUUCAUAUACCGAGGAAAACGAAGGAAAAGAAGGCCCUGUUCCAGUAUAUCUCCACUGAGUCCAGGGAAUACGAAGACAUGAAGACCAUCCUAACAUCCAGCUACAUUGACACCAACUCUACUGGCUGCUUUACCUACCGCAAUCCUCGGCUUGUUCACAGCGAGCUACUGGAAAAGGAGUUUGUGGAAAAGAGAAAGGAGAUGAAGGCCGAGGGGAGGACAGAUAAGGAGUUGGAGGAGAGUUACUGUUUUUUGUUAACUAAUUUUCUCGAGCUGACUUCUCUCUGUGAGAAGGGGCUGACUUUGGGCCAGACCAGGAUCACUGUGCUGGGAGACCCCAAUAAAGGUGUGUAUCUGUCCAGGUAUUCCGAUCUGCUACAGAUGAACUCCUUCACUCCUGGAACCACAGGGGAGAUAAUCAUCUUUAAAGUGAUGAAGGGAAAAGUGAAGAGCAUCUAUGAAAACAUGAAGAAUGUUGUUGACCCAACGCCUCGCUUCGACAGCCAUAUUGCUAAGAAUGCCAGUAAAAUAACAUCACUAACAUGCUACCGCGCCUUUGAGCUCACACAGCAAUAUUUUUACGAGUAUUCAUUUGACGAGCUGCGGCAGAGGCCUCGUCAGGUGUGUCCAUAUGCCGUUGUCGCCUUCCAGAUUAAAGGAAAAGAUGCUCCACUUCCCAACAAACCUUUAACACCCAUCAGGUUAAACAGUCAGUCAUCGGAGAGCAGUAAAGCUCAGUUCACAGUAUGGAGCGGAGAGUUAACAAAAAAUAAUCGGGUUCUCUUUCAAAUCUCUCUUUGUUCCAGCUCAUCUCCUUUUCUGCCUCAUAGAGUACCAGAGAAGUUGGAAAUUGGAUAUUUGAUGAGGCUUGAUCAAGUGACCAAGCUCCUCCACCCUGGCCUGUUCUCCUACAACCUCUACAACAGCAGCCAAGAAGUUGUGACCAAUGACCAUUACUGCAGUCUUCUGGAGGUGAUUGACAGAAAUCGGUCUACAACCAGUGUGACAAAACUUCUGCAGGAACUGGAGAUAAAGAGAGUGGUUCUGGUGACUCCACUCACAGACAGAGGUUUUCUUUUCCUGCUCUCCAGUGUUCAAAUGGCAACACCUAAUGAGAGAGGAGAGACCUGGAAGAGGUGUCUUCAGGCCUUGUUUGUUUUCCCAGAGACCAGAGACGUGGCCAAAUCGACGUCAAGAUAUACCUCCUCUUCCGAGGAGUCACUGGUAUCUGGUGUCUCAGUAAUGUCACGGCUAAGUGAGUUUAUCCCAGCAUUGCACCAUGCUCUAGUCAAAGCCAGAGCCAACCCUCCUCCUAAACUUUCUAUUGGUGUGGAGCUUCAGACACGGGAAUACCUCACUGGCUUGACUGAUGGCAGUGUUCGACAGUAUUCCAUGACUGCGUAUGACUCCAAAGCAGAUGAGGAGGGACAGUUGUUUCCUCCUCCCAAACACCAUCAGGUUAACAUGGACAGCUAUCUGCAGUCUUACCUGUCCAGCCCCAUGGCCUACCUGCUGUCAGUGGCUCGGGCGAAGGAGGUGGUGGAGGCGCACUGUGGUUCUGUGCAGCCACAAGAGACGAGGCACAGAAACAGUUAUGGUAGCCAGACAGAAGCCAUGGAGAAACGGGCAACAAGCAACAAGAAAGAUGGGGAAACAGAUAAUCAAAAGAUGCAGCAGCUCUUAGACCUCAUUUUGACCUGUAAGAGGAAUGCAGAAAAUGAGGUGAGGAGGGAGGAAGGAGCGGGACUGAAGGCACCGGAGAGGAAGAGGAAGAUGGAACAGGAGACGGCAGAGAGGGCACUUAAAUACUUCAAAGCUUCACAGGGACACAGAAAGCAAAGCAAGAUCCCAGUUGAUGGAAGCAGUGUUCCCUCAGCUCCUGUUUCUCUUGCAUCUGUGAUGGGCUUUUUGGGUUUGAAGGAUGUGGAUCUGAGGGAAGAUGGGUCUGAACUAGCUACCAGACUUACCAAGCAACUGACAGACCUCAUCCAUGCUGCCAAUCAAAGCCAUACUGAGACAAAAGAGGAAGGACCGAAGGAGUCUAAUUUAUUGGGUAGACUGGCUGCAAAGCUGGGCCUGCCAGCUAAUUGUGACAUUGACCUGAGGACACAGGAAGAGCUGGAGGAGCAGACAGCAGGCAGCAUCAGUAGUUUGGAGGGAUUCAGUCCCAGUUCGCACAGUGGGGACACAAAUCACCACGGAGCAGCAGGUAGAGGAGGAGGACGAGUAAUGCUGGGGAGGAAAGCAGAAGCUAAUGAACAGGAGGAGGAAGAGUGGGAGAUCCCGUGGGUCCUCAUCCCCAUUACAGGUCUGUGUUCAGACAGGUACUCUCAGAGAGACAAGAAUACCCCUCAGGAUCCUCGGUUUCAGCACCUUACCAUGGAAACGAUUAUCUCCACAAAACCCAAACCUUCCAGGAAAAGCCCCACCUUGUCUCCUGAGUCUAGUUCUUCUGCCUCCCCCUUCCAGUUUCCAUCCCCUGAGGCCAGCCUUCCCCCCUCCCCCUCUCAGUGCCCAUCACCAGACCCCAGCCCACCCCUUUCACCUUCCCAGUGUCCAUCUCCUGAGCCCAGUCCCCCCACUUCUCCAUCUCAGUGCAUUUCCCCAGAGCCCAGCCCUCCCCUAUCCCCCUCUCAGUGCCCAUCUCCGCAACCCAGUCCCCCCACUUCUCCAGCUUCGUCCUUGCCACCUGAGAUCAACCCUCUUCUGUCAUCCUCCCAGUUCCAGUCCCUGGAGCUGAAUAAGUUCAGCUCUCUUAUUAAGGACCGGAGUGGAGCUAACGAGCAGCAUUUGGCCCCCACAGCCUUCAGGGAGUUUCCAGCACUGUCCGGUGAAAAUCAAAUGAAGAGUGAAGAGCCUUCUCUGUCUACACCCAUCCAUCCAUUUAAUGCUCCAGCUCUAGGGCAGUUGAUUAAACUCUCACCACCACCCACUGAGGAAGUAGAGGAGGCAGAGGGAAAGGUGGAAGAUGUGAAGGAUAACGGUUUAGAGGAGAGAAACGAAUCUCAGCUACCUGAGAAAGGACUGAACCAAUGCAAAGAAGCUGCUGAUAAAUGUAAACCAGAUAAGAGAGAGGUGGAGGAUAUGAUACUAGAGGUAACUAGUGAAAAGGAGAAAAAUACAGAAGUGGAAGGUGGUUCUGUGUUUUCUCCUUUAUUCUCAACUGUUGCUUGUCCUCACAGAAAUAUUGACAGCAUUGUGGACAAACACAUGGGAGACUUUUCCUCUGAGAUACAGCUCCUCCUGCAGGGGGAGCGCGUUCACUACAGCAUCCCACAGCCCCCAAACUCCACUUUAGACACAAAAACGACCACAUCUCAGCACACAUUCCACUACACAUCAGUGUCUCAAUUUUCAGAAUAUGUAUCUUUUUACAACCCCUGCCCCCCAGUUCAGGACUAUGUGAGUCCAUUACGGGACAGCAUUAACAGGAUGCUAAUAGAGUAUAUUGACAGCUGGCCACAACAAAAAACUGACUCUAGCUGGUCUAAUACGGACACCACACUGGCAAGCACUGUUAGCGAUUUUGUUGCUAGUGUCCGAGCAGCUAAUUCCAUACCGGGAAGGGAGGAUGAUGUUUCAGGUCUCCGUGGUGAGCAGACAGUUGCUGACAUUGGACUGUCAGUUUGUCAAGACCCUGCACACUCCAGAGGAGAUGACGUGUGGAGACAUGACACUACUAAUUGGAGUUCUCCAACAUCUCAAGUCACAUUAACUAAUCCUACCUCUGCAUCUGGUCCUGUCUACAAACCUGGUAACAGUUUAGAGAUCAGCAGGACAGUCACUCAAAACAUCAAGCAAACCCAAGAUAACAGCACUCGGAGGACUGUAGUCUGUGCUGCUGUUGUAGAAGAUGAAGGUGAUCUUGCUGUUGCAAACUGCACCAUAACUGUGCCAGGCUUAGGCGCUGCUUCUGUGCCAGUAGCAGAACCUUCCCAGUCCUUUGAGUCAGUCUCUAGCCUGAUUUCUGCAUCCGUCCCUGAGGCCAGUACCGGACCCACUCCAUCUGCCAAAGACUUGAACUCUGUAAUUAAUCAGCUGGAGCCAGAUGUGUUAAACAAUCUGGUGGAGAUUAUGAAAGACAUCAAGAGAAAGUCCCUGCAGUUCUACAUCCACUGCACUGAGCCAGGAGACCAUGUCUAUGAAGAGAUCAAGGAACACCUGUUGAAACUGGGUAAUGUGCCGCAGAGUCCUAUGGACUUUUUAAACCAAGAAAGCUCGGAUAGUGGACUGCUGGUCAUUAUCAAGAACAAAGACAUAGCUGGACACAUACACAAGAUUCCAGGCCUCGUGUCUCUGAAGCGACACUCUUCUGUGGUGUUUGCGGGGAUUGAUUCAUUGGAUGACGUGAAAAACAACAGCUGCAUUGAGCUUUUUGUUUCUGGAGGCUGCAUUGUCUCAGAUGAUUUGGUCCUCAGUCCAGAUGUAGUUACUAAAGAUCAACUGGCUGCUUUGCUGAGGCUCCUGGAACAGCACAGUUCUCCUGAGAGUGUUUGGAGGUGGAAAAUUCACUGUAAAACCCACAAAAAAUUAAAAGAACAGGCCAGGUUCCGGAGAGACGCAGCGAACCUGCUGGAUUUACUUACAUCCUAUCAGAAGCGACAGAUUGUAGAUCUUCUCCCCUAUCAUCACUGCGACAUGAACCCUCAGUCUCCCGACCUCGACUGUCUUAUUGAGCUCCAAGCCCGAUACACACAGUUCCGACACACAGUCUUCCUCACUGAGCGUCAUCACGAGAAGUUCCCUGUUAACUCCAAGGAGGGUAUCAUUGUUGCUGGAAUUGAAGAAAUUCUGCACAACUUCACCACAAUGGUUGGAUGUCACAACAUCAAGGAAAAGCAGUUAUUAGUCGAGGAUCUGCUGGCUCCCAAAGGUCUGAGCAAGCAGCUGACUCAUGGGGACUCGGUCUUAGCCUCUGAACUCUCUCCUUCAGCCGUCCCAGAUCAUAUCCACUCAAUCUCUUCUAGCCACCAACCCCAGUACAACCCUUCACAGUCCAGCUCCAGCAUCCAUGCAUCUGACCAGCUUGUCCCAGACACCUUAUGUGAGGACAGGAUGCCGCUGGCUACAAGCAGGGACAUGGAGUUCCUCCAACAGGCCAUCAGACAGUUAAGAGCAGAGCGCUGGGAGCAGCUUCAACAGUUACAACAGCAGCAGCAGCAGUUAGAGUUGGAGGAGAAGUCAAGAAUCAGCCCUCUCAAAAAUGUAAUUCCAAAUCCUGUUGGUUCAGGCAGUGAUCAUGAAACCCCUCCUUUGGCCCAGGGAGAUCCCACAGAGUCAUCCCAGCACACCCCUGCCAGCAAAGUUGUCUCAGCCACUCUGGAGUCAACCCACUCCAACCUGUGGAAAGAAAAUGGGUGCAACAGCAGACAACAGCCUCCCACAGAGGGAAGGAAGCAAAGAGGGAGCACAGAAGGAGAAGAACCUGGAGAUCAGAUAGAGCGUAGUCCUGAGAGAGUUGUGGGGUUCCACAAAGAAAAGUGGGCUCCAGAUAAUGGUGAUGCAUCAACCCCUUCAUCCAAUCAGAGCACAGCUGCGGCAGCAGGACUGAACAAUCAGACAGAACCAACCAAUGAUAAAGGAGAAGAAAUGACGGCUCAGCAAGAACAACCUGAAAUUUCUCAAGCAGCUAAACCUGAUACAUCCGCAACUUACUCCCAAAAAGACGACAGAUCCAGUAGUAAGACACAGUCGACUCUGGAACAGCCAGUAAGAGCUGAAGUACCACCAUCAAGCAACAGCACAUCCAGUAGCACCGAGGUAACUGGAACAAGAAUCACCGUGGUAACCAACCAGGAAUACUACCCCAAUCCUACCCUGAAUCAUCUACACUUCCAGCAGCCGCAACUGAGACCGCAGCAAAACCUCAACGAUUCGCAUAGCCCAUCGCAGACCCCUCCUUACAGCCAGCAGCCACAGCGGUCUGUGGGCCUCCUGCAGACCCCCCACAUGCCUCGGUUCCAUGGUCAGCCUUUCCCUCCAGGGCCUUUACUGGGGCCACUAACUCCUCUUGGAGGGAUAAGAGGCUUUCUUGGUCCCCCACAUCUCUGGCCAGGAAGUUUAUCCCGAACAGGUGCUCCCCUGGUCUGGGGUUUCCAACAGACAGGUAGAGACUUCUUAAGAGGGUACUACAACCCCGCAGCUCCAGGCAGCAACAUGUACAGAGGAGGGCGAGGAGGAGGCUUUAAUGGGAUGUAGCGAGUCAGUUUCACUACAUCAGCUGAUCCACCCACAUUAACCCUUCUGCUGUGGCUCUGGUACAAGGCCAGAACCAGAGUGAGCAGAAUCCCCUUGUUGUCAAAAGAUCUAAAUGUUUUACCAGUGCCAGACUAACAGAUUAAAUGAGUGUCUCUGUUCUGCACUUGUACACCAAAGUGUAAUAUUAAACACAGUUUCUAAUAUUCCCAUGUCAUCAUCUUCACCAUUCUGGACAUUUCAGUCAUUCAGGCUUCACAAACUUAUCCACUGGGAGAGUGUGGGAAAUACAAACUGUAUUUUCUGGUUCUCUUUAUUUGAUUGUAGCCAAAAUAUCUUCAGCAGACACAAUGCAUUUUAAAAAAAAAUCUCAAAAGCUGUAACAAUAAAAAAAAACACUUUAGACCAGUUUAGACCAGGAAGACCAGGUGUCUCGUGUUAAAGUGACUCAGGCUGCUCAUGUUUCCUCUAGUGGCUUUUUUCGUUGUGUUAAACCUCCAGCAGGAUGUUUAGUAGAUGCUCUGUCUGGAGCAGUGGCUUCAUCAGUAAUUCAUUCAGGCCUAAACAGACACCACAUCAAACCAGCAGUAAAUUACUGUGUGGAGUUAAGUUGUUUCACUUUUGGUCCAUAUUUUGGUUAAUCUGUCUUUUUAUUAAAUUUUUUUAGCCACAUUUUUAAAAAUCCUCCAUUUAAACAAAACCCUUCAUUUACUAUCAGAUAUGUUGAGAAGUAGAUAAAUUAUUUGACAAUUACUUCAACAAUUAUUAAAAUAGUUGUUUAAUUUUCCCUUGAUGCUGUUGUGCAUUUUGAAUUUGGCUCCUCAGAUAACAUCAGCUUAUAACUCAGUUCUUUUGUACUAAUUUUAUUUAUUUCCCGCUCUUGAAAAGCUCUUGACUUCCAGUAAGCUUAAAUCAGUUUUGUGAGCCCACAUGACUGAAAAGUUCAAAGACUUUUGUGAUCCACAGUGUUGAAGUGAUACCGUCCUGGCCCAAUAAAAGUAAAAAAAAAAAAAGUUAUUCAGAUGAAACUGUAAUUAGCACCUCUGAAAUCCCUAAAUAUAUAAGCUUCAUGUUUCUCCUUUAUUUUUAAUUUGUUUAAAAGUAAAGGUGGCGUAUUUAGCAGAUUGUAAAGUUUGUGAUGUACCUGCAACAUGUUUUGCUUCAGUGUGGAAACCAGUUUGCUUCUGUGAUCCCUUCCUGUUAACCCUUAACACUCCUGCCCACGUCGCAGCUUCUGGAUGUAAAUUAGAUUAAAAACAAAAUGAGAGCAGCUCUGACAUUUACACACCUGGAGUCCCGAGAGUCCUUUUUGACUCUAGAGAGAACGAACGACAGGUAUGGACCUCAACUUAGUGUUUUAUUACCGUUAAUCUGUGAUGAAGAAAGACCCUCUGGUUGAACACACCACUAUCUUGAGAAUUUUAGUGUUUGAUGGACAUCGUUUCCUCUCUCUAAGAAACAAGAUGGUUUGAUUUUUAAGCUCAUGAAACUUUUUUUGGUUAGGAAAUUGAUUGUUCAGGACAUUUACAGGAAACUGGACAAACUAUAUAAAAAAAAAAAAUCUGUAAAAGAAUCUGAAGGACAAAAUGGCAUGCACGUGCACGUCUUCCAGGGGACAGUUGUAAAAAAAACAAAACAAAAAAAAAAGCUUUGUACUGAAUAUUUGGUUUGUUAAACUUGGAGCUGUUUAUGUUGGGUUGCUGUUGUAUGUAGAAGAAAAAAAUUGUAACAAACUGGUUUUAACUUAACAUUUUUUUUACAUCAGGUUUUUUUGUAUUAAAAUUACUAUGCGAAAUCUG